CUCACAGAGGAUCCACACCAACGAGCACUGUGGUUGUGAAGCGCAAGCACGCGUCAGAGGAUGGCCCAGGCGUCCAGGGGUGCGAGGGAGAGGGAGAAGGGGCCGCCAGGGCGGGACCGGGAGAGUGGCGGGCAGGGGCAGCAGCAGCAGCAUCCGCAGCAUCCGCAUCAGCCUGCGGGGGGCAAGAAGGUGUUCAAGGAGGGGAGCUUGAUGCGUCUGUUCAAGUGUGAUGAGUUCGAGAAGGACAUGUACUUCCACGUCUACUACCUCUUCCACAAGAAGGAGCAGGGCAUCCAGGACUACCUCGUCAACCUCCUCUACAGACGAGCAGACGAGGAGAUCAACUUCUAUCUGCCGCAGCUAUGGUCAGCCACCCACCCACACACACAGACAGACAGACAGUGAUUGAUGACAUGACCCACUCCCCUCACGUCACUCACCAAUCAAAUCAAUGGUGGUCUGUUGUUUGCUGUGCCUUCGUUCGUUCGUUUUGUUGGUUUGUUUGUUCAGCCAAGUGUCGCUUGUGCGUUUCAAGACGACAUCGUUGAGUCGUUUUCUGCUGGACCAGGCGGCCCGUUCGAUGCACUUUGCGCUGAAGCUGUACUGGAACUUCCAGGCGACAGUAGAGGACAAGCUGCCCGAGGUGGCUGAGGACGCCAAGAAGAUGUGGGGGGAGGUCGAGAUGGCCGUCGUCAACAGCAAAGCCGCCCCGGAGGAGGGCAACACGGCCGGACCGAGAUCGGUGGGUACAAAUGGGAUGGGAGGCAAGGGUGGGUGGGUGGAAGGGGAGAGAGGUUUAUCUAUAGGCUUUUCUGUUCUCCUUUUGUGUGCCGACAGAGCCGCUCAUCUGGUCCGGACUUCUUCCGUCGGAAACGUUUGUUGCGUUCGAUGGAGCUGAAUCGCAGCCAGCGGAGCGGCAAGGUGCCCCCGCCAUCGCCACAGCACCCGCCGCACUCGGCAUCAGACGAAGCGGUGGCCGGGAAGCGCUCCAAGGUCCAAAAGCAGAAGACGGCCACUAAAUGUGACAGACACACCUUAAUUGAUUGUGUCCGUCUUUCUUUUGCCUUUGUCUGUCACGUGUGUGCACUGCAGCAUGACCACAAUGGUGUGCCUGAGUCGCCUUCGGCUGACAGUGUGGGGGCUGGGCGAAGGUCGCGGAUCCCAUCGUCGGUCGUCAAACAGGUGGGUGGGCCACUCAUGUCAUGUGGUGUGGCACUGGAAGCCAGCAAGCAAGGGACGACAGCGAUGAGCGCAACACCGUGUGUGAUUUAUUUGUGGUGUGAUAUCAUGCGGUGCGGUGCACCCUGCCUUUCUUUGUCUGCUCUGUGUGCAGACGUUGGAGCACACGAGCAACGAGAGCAGCGACCUGCGGCUGGCCAAGGGCACCAUCCACAUCGUGGCGUCCAAACUCAAAUUCCCCAACGUCUACAGCAAAUUCGGAGACCCUUGCUCUACGCUGGGGCUCUUCCACGGUGAGUGAGGGAGUCAAGACACAACAGACAGACACAGACACAGACAGAGAGAGAGACGGUGGCGCAGCAUUGCAAGUAUUGAUGUGUCUUGUGUGUUGUGGUGUAAUCUAUUGUGCUCGGUUGUCCGUGCUGUAGAUGUGAAUCCGCAGGUGCUGCAGUCUGACCUCCAGCACUUCAUGCUCAAGCAGCGGCGCUGUGAGUACUUCAACCUUGUCAUCGCAUUCGCUGCACUUCUCGUAGAGGUCAGCCGUGGGUGCCUUCAGAACCGCCCAUCCGUAACUAGUGUUCAAUACCCUCUUCCCUCUGCUCUGCUCUGCUCUGGCAGCUGUCGAUGCUGCUGGCGCAGGAGCCCGAUCGAAGCGUGAGAAACGUUGCCCUGCGGGCGGUAUUGAAUGUGCUCAACGAGUGGCUGUUCGAGCGGCGCUGCACCGUGGCGCUGUCCGAGGGCACAUUCCAGCUCACGGGCGUCAGUGUGCCCCUCCAGGGGUCCGUCACGGCACCCCACACCCACCACACACACCCCAAUGCCCACCGUCAGAGCAUUACCCAGCCACAGCACCACCAGGGAGACGAGAGUGCGCCGUCCACUUCGCUUCAGGUGACGAUGGAUGAGAGGGGGCGGGGAAAGAUAGGACAAGGCAAGUUACUUACGCGUUGUUACUCGUUGCAGAUUCUGAAGAUCCACACUGAGGAUUGCCGCGUGCUGUCGUCCAAGAAGCGUGCGCCUUAUCUGCUGGUCUUCGAAGUCGCUGACCUGGACGAGGUCAGAACACAACACACCACACCACCAAAGGGCCACAAACGUGUCAUGGUCGACCAGUCAUGGUAUGCAUGCCCUGUUUGUUCCUUGUUGGUUGAUUCCUCCUUCCUUCAGGACAUUCGUUCUGUGCCCGACAACCGCCGUUUGUCGUGCACCAGCAGCGCCAACCGGCGGACCACCUCACUCCCACACCACCUGCACGACGAGCCAGCGAGCGACCCCGACAGCAGCCCAUCCUCACGCACACGAAAGGCAUCCGACCAGCCGUCCACGGAGCCCCCACCCCCCACCCCAGCCCCCACACAGUCCCCCUCACCCAACCCGCCCCUCUCACCGGCCAACGAGCGCACCCAGCAGCCGGCACCGCAUCGAGUGGAGUCGCCUGAGAUGAGUGCGGCGGCGCCCCCUUUUGAAUCGCAUCCUGCAGGAGGGGGCGGGGAGCUGGUCAGAGGCGGCUCCAAGAUGUUUGAGCGCCGCAGCAGCGUGACGGGCAAUGUGAGCAGCGCGGCCGACGAGGGCGGCACGGGGGGCAGUGAGGCAGACGCGCUGCCUUUGUCGCCCAGCGGAGGGGACGAGGGGCCUCCUCGGGUGAAUGUGCGGUUUCAUGGGGACGUCAAGGACACUGACGACGGGGGAAGCGACUGGGGGCACCUCUAUGUCUAUGAGAGCCUCAUCAGAGAGCUCAAGGUCGGUCUGGUCUGUCUGUCUGCCUGUCUGUCUGUCUGUCUGGGAGAGAAGGACACACGGCAUGGUGUGAUGGAUGCUCCCUCCUGCUUUGGUUUGGUUUGGUGUGUCUGUCAGGGUCGUGGGUUGUUCCCCUCUGGGCCUCUCGGGGACAGUGUGUCGUCAUCGACAGUCGAUGCGGCCAUGGCUCAGCUGCGGCGGUCACUCAUCUCGCAGUACCAAGCCAACCAACAGCCCAGCAAGGCCAACGCCCCUUCGCCAAAGGCCGCUCUCACCCACGCCAUUGGUACGGACGGCCCUUGAUUGACAGACACAGACAGUGCCCUCCCCUCUCUCUCCCUCACUCACGGCAUGUGCUUCCCGUGUCAUGCGUGUCGUUUGUUCCAGCAGAGGCUCUCUCUCCCAGCACAUCGCCCCACACCCAGCUCUCUUCCGGUGGGUCGCCCGACACUGUGCGUGGGAGCCGCACUGUCUCGCCCCACAGCCCGCUGCCCAACCAGUUGAGCAGUCCCAACCUCAGCCACAUGCAGCAUGCGGCCUCUGCCUCGACCGACGGCAGCAAGGACGACGGGGGCUCGCCGCGGACCACACACACGGCGACGACCAAUGCCCCCACUGUGGGCGGGUCAUCGGAGGCGGGCAGCGUCAGCAGCGGCGAGGCCACUGGUGAGUGAGUGAUGGAGGGCAGGCAAGGUCACUUACCGCUGUGUUGUGUCUCUUUGGUUGGUUGGUCGGUUUGGUGGGUUGACCACCAGGCAAUAAGGGUGGUGUGAAGGUUGUGGAGCGGAAGGAGGAUGCGGCAGAGACGCGGAAGAGGCUGUGGGUACGUGUGUCAGUCAGAUGCAUGCGAUGGAUGCACCUCACGCAACGCACCACAUCCCCACACUGCACACAAAUUGUUUGUAUACGUACGUACGUACGUGAGUUGAGUAGUGGCAUUUAUUUUGUGUGCUAUGCGUGUGUUAUGGAUGGAUGGAUGGAUGGAUGGCAUGCACUGCACCAGGGUGAGCCAUGGGGUGAACGAGUUGCCCGUAUGCGCCGCAACUCGCCAUACGGCACUCUCAAGUCAUGGAGACUACAAAGUAAGUAGGCAGCCGGGGUGGCCACAAGGGGGAAAAUGGCUGGAUGGAUGGAUGGACCGAUUGCUUUGAUUGACGCGUGGUGGUUCGUGUCGUGUGUUGUGUUCAUUCAGGUGUCAUUGUCAAGGGAGGCGACGAUCUGCGUCAGGAGCUGCUGGCCUGCCAGCUCAUCAGCCAGUUCAAACACAUAUUCGACGAGGUAAGUAAGUCGGUCGGUCGGCAGGGACAGAGAGGAGAGGCGAAUCGAGCCCUCAAAUGACUGACGUUUCUUGUUGGUUCAUGCCAGGCCCGUUUGCCCUUGUGGCUGCGGCCAUACGACAUUUUGCCGACGAGCUCCACGUCCGGCAUCAUCGAAUACAUCGCAGACACCAGCAGCGUUGACACACUCAAGAAGAAGUGGGUGACUGAAAUAGCUAGAUAGAUAGGAGAUUCAUAUAUCUCCUGCACUUCACUCACGAAGUAAGUUCCGCUGUACGAUGGUGUUCAUGUCAUGUCUGUGUGGGGACGGGACAGUUUCGAGACGGAUUCCCUCGCACGUGUGUUUGAGAAGGCAUUCGGUGACAACCUCUACCAGGCCAAGAAGGUAAGGUGCGUGUCAGUGUCAGCCAGCCAUCAAUGGGCGGGCGAUGAGAUGACGUGUUUGUUGUUUCGCACACCUCACCUCGGUCGGUGUCUGGGUACGUGUGUUGUGUGUAUUUGCGUCUGUCUAUCAGAAUUUCAUCGAGAGUCACGCGGCGUAUUCGUUGGUGUCAUAUUUCCUGAACGUCAAGGACCGACACAACGCCAACCUGCUGCUCGACUCAGAGGGACACCUGAUUCACAUCGGUCAGCCAGAGAGACCUCACAGACACACACUGACACACUGACAGACAGACAGACAGACAGACAGACAGAAGGACAAGGAAGACCCUGAGUAUGGAAGCUGCCUGGCCUGUGUUGUGUUGGUUGGUGUGCGUGUGGCGUCUGUAUAGACUUCGGGUACAUGUUGUCCAACUCUCCUGGCAAUGUCAACUUUGAAGGGGCGCCGUUCAAGCUCACACGAGUGAGUGAGACGGAGGGAUGGGAUGGAUGGAGAGGCAACGGGAAUCACGCACCCACACCAAUGAUUUCGUGUCUGUCUGAUGCGUUCGUCCGUUAUGUCUGGUGGUUGGUUCUGACAGGAGUACUUGGAGGUGAUGGACAACGAGUGCUCUGACAACUACGAGUACUUCAGGACACUCAUCAUCAGGUCAGCACAAGCACACCACACCACACCACAUGAGCACAUGGAUUGGACCACACCACAUUGGUUUCUAUCUACUUACGUGGGUGCGUGUGUGUCCGCAGGGGUUUCCUUGAGGUCCGCAAGCACUCAGAUCGGCUCCUGCUGCUCGUCCAGAUGAUGCUCUCAGGUAUACCAAGACACAGACAGACACCCACCCACGAGCCAGCCGAGUGUCCAUGGUAUGAUGUAUGUGUGUGUGUUGUUCAGCGACUCGCAUGCCGUGUCUGAGUGCCGGUGGCGCCGAGUGGACCUUCAACUCCAUGAAGGACAGAUUCCUACUCUCGCUCACAGAAGACCAGGUAGCACAUGCACAAAAUGGGAGGAGUAAAAUGGCUCUCGAUGUCUGUCUGUCUGUGUGUCUGUGUGUGUGUCUGUGGUCAGUGCAUCGAGAAGAUUGUGGACUUGAUCGACACGUCGGUCAACAACUGGCGGUCCGUCCAGUACGACAAGUUCCAGUGGUGGACUAACGGCAUCCUCUAACCAACCAGUCAAUCAAUGAUUGCAGACAGACAGCCAAACCCACCCACCACCGACCCACAGCCGCCCCGCCCUCCUGUCGUGUGUGUACGACAUACCCACCCAUCGCUCCCAGCUAUGCGGAAGGAAGUGUAUUGGUAACUAACAGGAAGGGGAUGUGCUGGAUGGGCGACAGAGUAAGUGGCAUUUGUGACCUACCGUUGAGGGCGCGGCGCGGCGCGGCGCGUCGCAUGGUGGGGGCGGCUGUGUCUCUCGUGGAAUGGAUGGUGUAUGCUGUGACCAGGUGGG